UCCCUCUCUAAAGUUAAACUUGAAUUCUCUACCUUCUGGCCCCUCUUCAUUUCUUCAGCCAUUUCCUUCACUUCCAUCCAUAAUUUGCGACGAAAAAAAGCUUUCUUCCUUUGACGUUCUUUACUGUAGACAAAGGGUGAAAUGAUUGGAACAAAACAUGGUUUUCUCAUCUGCCUGAAACUGCCGAUCAUAAGUGGGGACUUCUCCAAGAGCACCAGCUGUGGGUUGGAAACCAUAGUCAAAGAAGUUAAGAAUUCCAUUAACUUUCCAUGGUAUUCUCCAUUCUGUCAGAUUUUUGUAGUCUUGCAGAUUUAUAAUGGUGAUGAAUACGAUGAAACCAUAUGACAGCCUUUUUUCCUGGGUCGAAGUUUUGAAUUGCAAUUCUUGUGUGAGAAUCAUUUCUCCAAUACUUUUUGGAAGUGUCUAUAGACCCACUUAACUUGAUUCCUUAUUUACUGGUCAGAUUAGAGAAGUUACUUCUCCACUAUUCUAGCAUACUUAACUGGCCAGAUGAGAGAAGUUACUUCUCCACUAUUCUAACAUAAUUAUGGAAUGAGUGGAAAGAAAAGAAUUGACUGUAUCAGCAAUGUGCUUGGCAGCAGUGAAGCAGAAAGACUCAAACUUAUUUAGGACCACCAUAUCUUAUUCUCACGAAAUUGAAGUCUACAAGCCGAUUUUACCUGGUUUACCCGAUGACAUUGCAAAAUACUGUCUUGCUCUUGUUGCGUGGCAUCACUUCCCAGUUGUGGGAUGUGUCUGCAAGAAAUGGAGGUCUGUUGUUCAGAGUAAUGAAUUCAGCAUUAUAAGGAAGCAUGCCAGGAAAUUGGAAGAACGGAUUUAUUUUUUAUGUAGUGACAAGGAAGGGAAAGGCAGCCAUUGGGAAGUCUUUACAUCCAGUGGACAUCAACAGACUCUUCUUCCCAUGCCUGGUCCUGCCAAAGCCGCAUUCGGAGUAGUAACACUCGACUCAAAGAUUUUGGUUAUGGGAGGCUACAUUGUAAAUGAAGGCCCUAACAAAAUAUCUGCAGAUGUUUACCAGUAUGAUUGUAGGCUCAACAGAUGGAGCACUCUGGCAAAGAUGAAUGUCGCUCGCUGUGACUUUGCAAGUGCCGAAGUAGAUGGUCUAGUUUACGUAGUUGGGGGCUAUGGUGCAGACGGCCAGAACCUCCCCACAGCAGAAGCAUAUGACCCAGGCCAGGACAAGUGGACCCUGAUAGGAAGCAUGCGGAGCCCUAGAUGGGGCUCCUUUGCUUUCAGUUUCGACGGAAAACUCUAUGUCAUGGGUGGCCGAUCAAGCUUUACGAUUGGCAACUCGAGGUUCAUAGAUGUCUAUGACCCCAAGUGUGGCUCAUGGUCUGAGAUGAAGAAUGGCCGUGGCAUGGUCACAACACAUGCAGUGCUCCAAAAGCGCUUGUUCUGCAUGGAGUGGAAAAACCCCAGGAGGUUGUAUGUGUUCAACCCGGCCAAAAACUCAUGGAAAGUGAUCCAAGUGCCAGUGACAGGAAGCUCUUGUGCUGGGUUCAGGCUCGGAAUACUUGAUGGCAAGUUGCUGCUCUUCUCGACGGGGGAGGAGCCUGGGUAUCAGACACUAACCUAUGAUCUAGAUGCUGCACCAGGCUCAGAGUGGGUAACAUCUUCACUUACGCCACCCUGGUCAUGCUUGUAUAGUGUGACCAUCAAAGCUUAAAAGAGGGAAGGUGCCUCUCUCUGUGUACCCCAGCCAUAGGCAUAGUGCCACAAAAUCAAACUGAUGGUGCGGGCUUUCACUGCUACCAGCGAUGCUGUACCCUUGGAGACACUUUAUUUCACACACAUACGUAUACAUACACAAAAAUACAUGCAUUUGAAAAUGGAAUAUUGUACUUAAUACAUGCACUUGAGAUGGAAACUUGUAUUUAAAUUCAGUACUCAUAGCACUUGAUGAAAGUCAUGAGACCCACAUGCACAUUAUUAUGAUAUGAUUAGUGGGGAGAUAGUAGAGUUGCUUGGUUCAGUAGUUCAAUCUCCCUCCGCAGACAUGCUCACAUGGAUAAGGAUGUGUCAUCAACAGUUGUAAACAUGUAGAAUGUGAUUGGAGCUAAGAUGGAGAGCAGGACCAAAUCUGUUAUAUGCAUGGUCCUGUUCUCACGUCUCGAGUCCUACAUCUGAACUUUAAUGCAGGCCAGGAGACCCGACAGUUGAAUCUACUACAGAUUUAGUGCUCAGUCGAGAUGGAACACCUUUGUGUAGAUCCUUGAGGCAGAUCAAGGGACGACCACGACGUCCUUAUAGUUCUUCACCAGCUUGAUCCACAUUUUGGCUUGUAAUUUGGGUUAUAUUUUGUUUUUGGUCCCCUAUUUGUAUUUGAAUUUGAUUUGUGUGUAUUUGGAUUCAAGUUGAUGUGCUUGGGUCCGAAUUCAAGGUCCAUCCCUCGUCCAAAUAUAAGGGACGUGAGGAUCUCCUUUUGAAAGCAAUCGAAGAAUCAUAAAUGCUACCUUUUAGUGUUGUUUCCUUUUGUUUUAACCAUCAACUUCCCUUCUUGUUUUGACUCGUACCACAGUUCUUGCAGUUCAACAACUAUGUAAUGUC